CGACCUCUAGCGCAUGCGCAAUCGGAUCGAACAGUGACGAAGCGAACACACAAAGGUGGCGGACUGAAUGGCUUCCCGGAGAGCUUUCACCUUUACAGGAUCAAAUAUAGCAUCAAAUACCUCUCGGUUUGUCUGCAACAAAGCCCACGAAACGGAAGUUGAGUUCGGAGCGACGGCGUGUUACCUGAAGUGAAGAUUGAAGACGUGAUAGAAGAUGGACGACUACUGCUAUGCUAAGAUGGUGACGUCAUGUCAAAGAGAACAUGAAAGACAAUCAGAAACUUCCAGCAAAUCAUCAACGGAGAUAAAGACCAAAGAUGAAGACAUCCAGCAGCUGGUUAGUCAUCCAGAAGAACUUGCCCCUCAUUCGCCGGUGGGGAGCUCGAAUUUGAAGCAGGAGACUCCACAACCACCCUGUAUUAAAGAGGAGGAGGAGGAACUCUGGAUCACUCAGGAGGGAGAGUGUCUUCUAGGACUGCAUGAGGCCGAUCUCACCAAGUUGCCACUGACCGUCGUCUCUGUGAAGAUUGAAGAUGAUGACGAGAAACCACAAGUAGACAACCUCUUAGCUCCACUAUCAGAUAGUGAGGCUGAAGACGAGGUUGAACUAACUUUAACCAGCGAUACAGACUGUGAGGGUGAUAAGAGGACUCAAACUGACAACAAACACUCUAAAUGCCCUAAAAAAAGGAAAGGUAAACAAUGUUUGACCUGCUCGGUUUGUGGUAAAAGCUUUUCUCAAAAGGGCCAUUUGAUUCGACACUCGAGAACGCACACAGGAGAAAAACCAUUUGAUUGUUCAAUUUGUGGCAAACGCUUUACUCAAAAAAGCAAUUUGAUUCCACACAUGACAACGCACACAGGAGAGAAGCCGUUCCACUGCUCAGUUUGUGCGAAAAGGUUUACUCAAAAGAGUAGUUUGACUCAACACAUGAAAACACACACAGGAGAAAAAACAUGUAAUUGUUCAGAUUGCGGUAAAAGUUUUUCUCAAAGAAGUAAUUUGAUCCAACACAUGAGAACGCACACGGGAGAAAAGCCUUUUAAUUGUUCAGUUUGUGAUAGAAACUUUCCGCAUAAAACCAAUUUGAUUCACCACAUGAAAACACACACCGGAGAAAAACCAUAUGAAUGUUCAGUUUGCGGGAGACUCUUUUCUUAUAAAGGCAAUUUGAUUCAACACAUUAAAUUACACACGGAAGGAAAAUCAUUUAAUUGCUCGGUUUGUGGAAAAAUAUUUGCCAGAAAAUGCAAAUUGACUCAACACUUGAGAACACACACAGGAAUACAAAUCAUUUAAAUGUUCAAUUUUUGGUAAAACCAUUUUUCAAGCCAACGAAAAAACUAUUUUGCUGUGCAUUUUGCAGUAAAAGGUUUUAUUAUCGUGCAGACGCAGUGAAACAUAAGAACACACACGGGAAAGUAACCGAACAACUGUUUAGUUUGUGAUAGGUUUCUUAUAUGUGACGGCAUUCACUCAGAACCUCCUCAAAAUAAGUUGACUUCUUCUUUCUCAAAUAUCCGAGGUAUUGCUGAAUCGCAAAUGACGUCACAUUCGCUUUGCUUUGUCAUGGUGUGAUGCUCAUGGAGGGCGAACAAGCUUAAACCUAACAAAAUAUGGUCAAAGACACGUUAGUAAGGUUAGAGUUUGAACUAAAAAUGUUGUUUUGCAUGUGCUCUUCUUAAAAGUUCCAAACGUGCAAACAAAGAGAUGGGAAAGAGCUUUUAUAGAGUUUAGAUAGGAGUGGUUUCUUGAAGGGGAACAUUAUCACAAUUUCAAAAGGGUUAAAAACAAUAGAAAUCAAUUCCCAGUGGCUUGUUGUAUUUUUUGAAGUUUUUUCCAAAAUUUUACCGGUCCCGGAAUAUCCCUAAAUAAAGCUUUAAAGUGCCUUAUUUUCGCUCUCUCGAAGCCACUGGCCAUUUCCCUGUGACGUCACACAGUGCUGCCAAUGUAAACAAACAAUGGGAAUACCACAGCAAGAUAUAGCGACAUUAGCUCGGAUUCAGACUCGGAUUUCAGCGAUUCAACAGAUUACGCAUGUAUUGAAACAGAUGGUUGGAGUAUGAAAGUAUUGAAGAAGAAACUGAAGCUAUUGAGCGAACAGCUAUUGACGCUAUUCAUAGCCAUAGCAUGGCCGAAUAGCUGCGUUAGCAUCGCCGGUAAAAUGUGCGGACCAAACGAUCAGGACUUUCGCAUCUUUUGACACUGGAGCAACUUAAAUCCGUCGAUUGGUAAGUGUUUGUUUCGCAUUAAAUGUGGGUGGAAGGAAACGUAAUAUAGUUGCAAAUGCAUCUGCAGGUUAUCCAUACAUCUCUGUGCCAUGUCUGCUUUAGCACCGCCGGUAGAUAGCAUGUUAGUAUCGAUUAGCGUAGCAUGUUAGCAUCGAUUAGAAGGCAGUCACGCCGCGACCAAAUAUGUCUGAUUAGCACAUAAGUCAACAUCAACAAAACUCACCUUUGUGGUUUCGUUGUCUUUAUCGUUGCAAAUGCAUCUGCAGGUUAUCCAUACAUCUCUGUGCCAUGUCUGUCAUCGCCGGUAAAAUGUGGAGACACUCCGGCACAUUCAAUGGGGGUCUGGCGGCAGACACUUUGGCAUCUUGGGGCCAGUGGUGCAACUUGAAUCCCUCCCUGUUAGUGUUGUUACACCCUCCGACAACACACCGACGAGGCAUGAUGUCUCCAAGGUUCCAAAAAAUAGUCAAAAAAACGGAAAAUAACAGAGCUGAGACCCGGUGUUUGUAAUGUGUAAAUGAAAAUGGCGGCUGUAUUACCUCGGCGACGUCACGUUCUAACGUCAUCGCCAAAAGAGCCAUAAACAGAAAGGCGUUUAAUUCGCCAAAAUUCACCCACUUAGAGUUCGGAAAUCGGUUAAAAAAUAUAUAUGGUCUUUUUUCUGCAACAUCAAGGUAUAUAUUGACGCUUACAUAGGUCUGCUGAUAAUGUUCCCCUUUAAAGGUAAUAAAGUCAGGCAAACUAAAAAUGCGUGUCGAGAAAAUGCCUCUCAAACAUGUCACUUUCAUCUUGUGAAGUAGUCUGUAGCGAUCAUUUUGUAAAAUUUGAUUUGUUUGAGAAACUUUUUGAAGUUCUUUACCAUAUAGGUCAGUGGUGUCAAACAUACGUUAGGUUUUAUCUGGCCUGCGAGAUGAUUUUUGGUAAGUAUAAAAAUUAGCUGAGAUUUCUGAAUGAAAGAAACUGCUCUUCUAAAUAUGUCCACCGGAUGUCGCAAUAGCAAUUAUUUGUAUCCCCUUUUGCAGGAGUGCUCAUGACUUCAGAGGGGGCGGAGCUAUGUGCCCGGUUAAGAUAGAUCCAUGUUUUUCAACCACUGUGCCGGGAAAUACAGUCUGGUGUGCCGUGGGAGAUGAUCUAAUUUCACCUAUUUGGGUUAAAAUAUUUUUUGCAAACCAGUAAAUAUAGUCUGCAAAUGAUGUGUUGUUGUUGAGUGUUCGUGCUGUCUAGAGCUCGGCAGAGUAACCGUGUAAUACUCUUCCGUAUCAGUAGGUGGCAGCUGGUAGCUAAUUGCUUUGUAGAUGUCGGAAACAGCGGGAGGCAGGGUCCAUCCAUCCAUUUUCUACCGUGUAUUCCCUAUCGGGAUCACGGGGGGCGCUGGCGCCUAUCUCAGCUACAAUCGGGCGAAAGGCAGGGUACACCCUGGACAAGUCGCCACCUCAUCGCAGGGCCAACACAGAUAGACAGACAACAUUCACACUCAUAUUCACACACUAGGGACCAUUUAGUGUUGCCAAUCAACCUAUCCCCAGGUGCAUGUCUUUGGAGGUGGGAGGAAGCCGGAGUACCCGGAGGGAACCCACGCAUUCACGGGGAGGCAGAGUGCAGGUAAAAAUAUGUCUAAUGCUUAAAUCAAAAAUAAAGAAAAGGGGAGUGCCCCUAUAAAAAGGCAUUGAAGCUUAGGGAAUGCUAUGCAGAACAAAACUAAAGCUGAACGGGCUGCAAAGUAAAACAAAAACAGAAUGCUGGACGACAGCAAAGACUUACUGCGGACAGUCAACAAUGUCCACACAAAGAAGGAUAGAAACAACUGAUUAUUGAUUGCUAAAACAAAGUAGAUGUGGGAAAUAUCGCUCAAAGGAAGACAUGCAAAUCCUACAGGAAAAUAUAAAAAAAAAAGAGAAAAAGCCACCAAAAUA